UCAUUUUUUUAUUAAGAAAAAACAGAAAAAGAUUGCACUAAGCCCGCAUCCCGCUCCCGCGCAGUUACACAGCGGUGCAGCCGCUUCGGAGACCGACGAAGACAUGGCGACUUUCGGGCGACUAGUCCGAACCGCUAGGGCAUGGCGCGGAAUCACCUCUCCCAAAACCCUUAACCCCUCACCUGCCCGCUCACUUGACUUCCUUCGACGUCUUCAUCACCGGUCUUUUGAUCGCCACAUUAUUUCCGCUGCACCAGAAUUUCUACAGCCAAAAUUGUUGCCUAAUGCUGAUCACUCUUACUCUAUAGUUCCAGCUAUUUUAUCUGCUCUCUUUGGAGUUGGAAUGCUGCACGUAGCCUAUGCGGAUUCCGAUCAGGCUGCUGCUAAACCUUCAUUGCCGUCAGAAUCUCCUUCAAGUUAUAAGGAUCUAGAGGAGAUUGCCAAGCAAGAAAGGCAGCGAAUUGAAGAGUUGCUUAAAAGUAAAGGAAUUAAAUUCGGUUCUUAUCCCCGGUUCACUGUUGCUGUUAAGGGUCAAAAGGUCACAAUCAAGUUUCAAAUUCCUCCUGCAUGUGAUGUUCCACAGUUGAUAGCAAACCUGGUUUCAAAUCUUGGACUGAAAUUUGAUGAGCGUGGUGGUGGUUCAGAUAUGCUGUUACGUGCUUGGGACAGUGCAGUUGCCUGGCAACUAACACUUAGUUGUCCAGAAAAACAGAAGAAACCUGAUGCGGACACAGGAUAUUCUGCAGAUAUAAAUAUUCCUGAGGGAGAUCUAUGCAUUCUCAUAUUUCGUUCACUCAUUAGCACAGAUAAAGCAGAGAUUGAGUUUAUAAAGGGUGGGAGCUUAAGCACCAAAGAGCUUGAUGCUCUGGUGUCUGUUUUACAGUUAGCUGGUGGGAGAUUGAAGAUUUCAGAAAGAAAACCUGGGGAAGGUGCUGCCCGAAUGCCAUCUGCAGAAAAAUCAGUUGCUGCAUUGGAGUCCAUGGGAGUCAGGAUAUAUGGACUUGAUGAGCCAUAUGUAAAUUCUUCAAACAGUGGGAUAACAUGGGACAAUAUUGCUGGGUACGAUCAGCAAAAACGAGAUAUAGAAGAUACAAUCUUGUUGGCUCUUCAUAGUCCUGAAGUAUAUGACGAUAUUGCUCGCGGGACAAGACGUAAGUUUGAGUCCAAUAGACCUCGAGCUGUGCUUUUUGAAGGCCCACCAGGCACAGGGAAGACAUCUUGUGCACGUGUUAUCGCUGAUCAAGCGGGUGUCCCAUUGCUAUAUGUGCCUUUGGAGGUCGUGAUGUCAAAGUACUAUGGGGAAAGUGAACGAUUAUUGGGAAAAGUUUUCUCUCUUGCUAAUGAGCUUCCUAAUGGCGCUAUCAUAUUUCUGGAUGAGGUUGAUUCUUUUGCUGUUGCUCGUGAUAGUGAAAUGCAUGAAGCUACACGUAGAAUUUUGUCAGUUUUAUUGCGACAGAUUGAUGGAUUUGAACAGGACAAGAAAGUGGUUGUGAUUGCUGCAACAAAUAGAAAACAAGACCUUGAUCCUGCUUUAAUCAGCCGAUUUGAUUCAAUUAUUACUUUUGGCCUCCCUGAUGAGCAGAACCGCCAGGAAAUUAUUGCCCAAUAUGCAAAGCAUCUAGCCAAAUCUGAUGUAGAGGAGCUUGCCAAAGUCACAGAAGACAUGUCUGGAAGGGAUAUUAGGGAUGUGUGUCAGCUAGCUGAAAGGUCAUGGGCAUCGAAGAUAAUUAGAGGACAAGCAGAUAGAGAUGGAGAGCAAGGGUACCUUCCACCUUUGGCAGAAUAUAUUGCUAGUGCUAUGAAUAGGCGAAAGUCUCUACUUAGCAUUGCAAAUCGGAGAAGUCCAGGUUUUAAUCCACGAACAAGCAGAGGUCAAUUAGAUUUAUGUUAAAAAUAGAAGAUUUUAUGAUUAUUACUUGCACUGAACUAGCAGGAAUAUUGUCUUCGAUUGAACCAAGGGCAUCAUGCUCCGUAUAAUGUAUAAAUAUAAUCUGUGUUAUUUGCUGUGGUUACAAGCAUUUCAGUCAAAUAAUCCCUCGAUAUUUCUUCUGUCACUA